AUGGCUUCUGUACCGCCUCCUAUGACUGACACUGCCGCGAGGCUAAGAGAAAAGAAUGUGUCUGCCGCCAAUUAUCCACAGGUGGCACCGCCGGCCCAUCUGAAAGUAGCAGGUGAUGCCACAGCUGACGCUGCAGACGGGAGCACUCCUCCUUGGGAUGGAAAUCAUGACACGCAUCCAGCGAUGGCCAAUACGCCUAUUGAUUACCCUGAGAAGUUGGUUACACCCGCAGGCUAUCACCUCGGGCCCCAUGGUGAAGGCUGGAAUUCUCCUCGUUCGUCUUUGUCAAGAUACCGGCAUGAGUACUCGACGCUCUCUCCAGUCAGAUGCGAGAACCCAAAAAUGAUAGGAUUCAUGACGAGUCUUUUUGUGCCGACUCCAAAGACGAGGCCUAACUAUGAUGUUAUGGCUGAAUAUCAAGGACUCAAACUGAGUCGUAUUAGUGAUGCCGUUCCUUACUUACUCGGGCCUCGCAGCAUAAUGGACAGAAUCCAAGUCGUACUCGAGCACUCGCAGGAGCGCCUACAUCCAUCUUCCUCCCACUACACAACCUCUUCUCAAGACACUCCGCAGCCAGCCUACACUCCACGAGACAGAGCACUCAUGGCGAUCCUAGCCUCGCUCAGCACACCCGAAAGCCUGCGUCUGGAAAAAGGAGACUGGUACCCUCAAGGCCUAGCCACCCGCCACGACGCCCUCGUCCUAUACGAAAACACGGCCAGUAACGGCAUCCGCCUCGCAUACGUCUCGCUCACCGACUUCAUUCAGCACGCGCAAACAUGGCUCCUCACACCCAACCCCACUAACAAAUCCGGCGACGCACCCCAUGCCAAAAACCCCUGGUCCCCAGUUGCCGCCCAGCUCCGCUCCAGAGGCGUCGACGUCUCUAAACUAGACCUGCAAACCUACCUCGACCUAACCCAGCACCUCUCCGCCUCGGAUCUCCCCGCCAAACUCGACGAAAUUGGCCAGUGGGCCCGUGACGGCACCCUCGACGCAAGGUACGAGAAGUUCAUGGCGGAAAAAGAAGCUGCUACUGCACAGGCCAGGAACCGAGGCUCACACCCUCUGCUGCGAACUUCUGGUCCCAACGACGCCGCGAACACAGUGUUUGGCGGCCCCGAAGCCCUGUACUCCAAGCGCUUCACGCACGAGUAUCCCAUGGGACGGGCGGCUUCGGUGAAGGCGAAGCGGCAGCAUCGCAGUGAGCGGUCGAGGGAGGAGGUGGAGAAGACUGUUUUGGCUAAUGCGGAGCGGAUUCGGAAGAUGGAGAGGGGGCGCUUGGGGGGGACGAGGGGGGAGGGUGUUUUGGUUGUGGAUGAGACGGAGAAGAAGAGGAGACGGAAGAGGCAUCGAGCUUUUUUUGUCACCUUUAUGGUUGUCUUGUUUGGAGGGGCGGUAGGGGCGAUGUUGUGGGCUAUGGGGACUAGACGGUGGGAUUUUACAGCUGGGGGGCAGACGCAGUGA